AAUCAACAAACUACGAAUGAAGAGUCAACAGCAAACUGGAAAGGUACAUCUCCGAAGCAUAUUCUCCCCCUAAUAUGGGCAAAGUUUAUCGUAUCAGGCUCCCAAUACCAUGUUAAAUAGCUGCUCCCAGAAGAACCAUUGAAUCAUUGGUUGAGAAGGGAAAGCAGGGAUGAUCAACAAGGGUUUGACCUGUUUUCUUCCUUUGGCUUUAUGUCUUACACUUAUUGUGGGUACCAAGGCGAGGCAUUUAUAUCCACUUCCUAGUAAAUUAGAUGAGGGUAGCAAACAACAACUACAGACUUCUCGUCCAUAUAAUCUUGCUCAUCGAGGUUCAAAUGGAGAGCUCCCUGAAGAAACUGCUGCGGCAUACAUGAGAGCUAUUGAAGAGGGUGCAGACUUCAUAGAAACAGACAUUCUGUCCUCAAAAGAUGGUGUUCUUAUAUGCUUCCAUGAUGUUACUCUUGAUGACACAACUGAUAUUGCAGAGCACAAAGAAUUUGCCAAUCGCAAAAGGACCUAUGAAGUUCAGGGGUUCAACGUCACUGGUUUUUUCCCUGUUGAUUUCACGCUAAAGGAACUGAAGAAAUUGCGGGUAAAACAGAGGUACAAAUUCCGGGAUCAACAGUAUAAUGGAAAAUUUCCCAUCAUUACUUUUGAAGAGUUCAUAGCGAUUGCACUAGAUGCACCAAGAAUUGUUGGAAUAUAUCCUGAGAUCAAAAACCCUGUGUUCAUCAAUCAGCAUGUGAAAUGGCAAGAUGGUAAGAAAUUCGAGGACAAGUUUGUGGAGACACUAAAGAAGUAUGGAUACAAAGGUUCAUACUUGUCAAAAGAUUGGUUGAAACAACCUGCUUUUAUCCAGUCUUUUGCUCCGACUUCUCUUGUGUACGUCUCAAAGCUCACAGAGUUGCCAAAGAUAUUCUUGAUCGAUGAUGUUACAGUGCCAACUCAGGACACUAAUCAGUCAUACUGGGAAAUCACUUCAGAUGCUUACUUUGAUUACAUUAAGGAAUAUGUUGUUGGUAUUGGACCUUGGAAGGACACAGUGGUUCCUGUCAUCAAUAAUUAUUUGCAAACACCUAGUGAUCUUGUUGCCAGAGCACAUGCUCAUGACCUACAGGUGCAUCCAUACACCUUCCGGAAUGAGAACCAGUUCCUGCACUUCAACUUCAGCGAAGACCCUUACGCGGAGUAUAAUUACUGGAUUAACAAGAUAGGAGUGGAUGGACUCUUCACAGACUUCACAGGAAGCCUCCAUAAUUUUCAAGAAUGGACUGCUCCCCUCUCACCGGAUGAUAAUCACAAAGCUUCUAGGUUAUUGCACAAAAUUGAAAGGCUAAUUGCGUCGUAUGGAAGGGUAUGAUGAGAACAAAAACAUCCUUGUACAUUCAUUUACCUUUUUAGUUGGACUCUGCAAGACUAUUUAGAUUUCGAUUUUUAAUCAACUGAGAAUAAUAAGAACAAUGUUAUCUCCUCAUGUGAGAUCUUUCAAA